AUGUCUCACAACCCGGCUCAGUCACAGGCAGGUGCCGAUGGACCAGUUCAGAGUCCCGGACCAGUGCCCAACCCAGCAGUCGACGAUGAGAUGCUGACCCCAAGUGACGACGAGGUGGACGACGACGCACACAACUUACGAGAGCUGCGGAAUCUUAGGCACCAGGCCACGAUCCAUGCACAGCAGAUGGCUGAGAUACAAGCGAUGAUCAAUCAGCUCACGAGUCAGCUGAUGGCCACACCGAACGAAAAGCCUAUCAAGAAACCCAAGAUGGCAACCCCAGACAAAUAUGACGGAAACCGCGAUGGGUUACGGACGUUCCUCACCAACAUCGAGUUGUACUGUGGUUACAACGAUGGGAAAGCGGCAAGCUGGAUGCAACCUUAUGUGGAGGACUUUCUAGUGGACAUCGACAACAAAGGAACCAAGGACGAUACGCGUACCUUGUUCAGCAGUUGGGCCAACUUCAAGGAAGAAUUAGGACGCAUCUUCGGGGAGGUAGAC